AUGGCAAAAUGGCGGCCGCCAGACCACGUGGUCGUUUUUCAAAAUGGCGCCCGGAUCACGUGGGCUAAGAAAUCAACAGGUUGCUAGGCAACGGUGCCGCCUCCUGCUGAACAGAAAUCAAGCCGACCCCAAACAAAGCAAGCGCUGUUAAUAAAACCCCCAACAGAUUGGAUGCCGCAGCGUGAGGCUAGUGAUUAGAACAACCCCUGCUAAGCAACCUCCGUAAGCCGCCAAAGUAGGGAAUAAAAGCUAGCGCUGCAGCCCUGAGCAAUCUGCUAAACCUCCCCUUUGCGUUCAGAGCACACUGGUCCCCCAAGCACCCGGGCAAAAUAUCCCCCAACUCUUCAGUACGUUACCGCUGCCGCCUUUGGAUACUUGAAAGUCGUCCCGGCUUGCGAUGUAAGCAUGGCUGGUUAGCCCCCGCAGUUCUGGAGGCUUGCAGAAGCGAUGGGCGAUCCGAUCUCAAGCGGCAGGAGACCUACGAGAAUAAGCCCCCCACAAUAGAAAAAACCCAGCAAUUUCAGCUCUGGCUCCCAGCGGCACGCACGCGGGUUGGGGGAAAAGAAUUUCCCGAUAGUGAUUUCAGCUCUAAAAGGUAA